CAAAAAGUAAUUAUUAGCUAGUACCUUUCUUAAUGUCGAUGAAAUCUUUCAUGCUCGGAAGCACUUUCAAGAUGGAUAACUUCACACUUUACGAAAAUGCUUCUCACAACUCCACCAAUUCGGAAUACGAAAUAGAACUGCAAGUAAUCGUAAAUGUUUUCAUCGCGAUUUUGGUGAUAACAGCUGCAAUAGCGAUGAUUGUGAACGUGGUUGUUUUCAUAAGUGUUCAUUGGAUAAGACGUCCGAUGCCUCCAAUAUUGAAAAUGAGCAUAAGUUUGGCAGCUGCGGACGCUCUAAGCUCGUCAAUAUUCGCAGUGACUCUAUUCAUAAACACGUACCUCCCUUCUAUCGGUAUAAAUCUAUGAUGGCUGGAAAUAAUUAUGGAAAUGAUGAAACUGAGCGGAAUUCUCGUCACGGUAACUCAUUUACUGGCCCUCAGCUUGAACCACUACAUCGGGAUUUUAAAACCCUUGCAUUACAACUCGAUCGUAACAAGGCGAAAAGUUACAGCAGUAACGAUAUUACUCUGGCUGUUUCCAACAGCUUUCGUCAUUUUCCUAUUCACGUCUCAAGCCGAAGGCACCUACUGGAGUGAUAUCUUCAGCAACGAAACGAAAAUAUACUUGGAAAACCAGACGACAUUUGUUGACACGUUCAGAUUCAGAAUGAGUUAUUCCGCCUAUUUUAUCGUCUCCAUAUUCCUCAUGGCCAUUUGUUAUACGCAUAUUUUAAUCAUCGUGAAAAAGCAGCAAAACAUAUGGAAAAAUUUAUCAAGAGUCGGGAGCACCAAAUGGUCAGGGCGGUCCGUCAAACAUUGCCCGAACAAAGCAAACAAAGAGCAAAAACAAUUGGAGGGCAACAUCAGAGCAAUAUACACAACACUGCUCAUUCUUGGAUCGUGUGUGAUAGGAUGGAUGCCUGCUCUUCUCAUUUUUGUGCUAAUGUGUAAAGAAGACUGUUAUAUACACGGGGCGCAGCUCAGAAGCUUAAACGAAAAUUAUCUCAUCGAAGUUAUGUCAAUGAGACUACUCGAAAACAUGCUCAUCGUUCUCAAAAUGUUGGCCAAUCCCAUCAUAUACAGCAUCAGAAUGAAGGAAAUUCAGGAAGGAACCAAGCAUAUGCAGUCGGCACUAUUGAAGGUUUUUUGUCCAUCGAGGCCUGACAGCAACAAUUACACCCUCGCUUCACGCCGAUCUCCAAAUGCAUACAAUUGUUCAUUACGCACACGAUUAACGACGGCCUCAAUAAAUAACAGUGGACAUACAAGCCACGUUAGCAUCGGACGAACCGAUUUGGUUAAUACACUUUUGUAAAAUCAUACACUUUAAUUAAAAAAUGUAUUUUGAGGUAACGAUGUGACGUUGGAAAAUGUGGAUCGAAGAUUAAUUGCUUGUCGAUCGAAUCACAAUGACCGUAUUAGUUUUUCUACGUGUUACCUCCUCGAACAAAGAAAAAAUGUUUUGCUCAAUUUUGGUUUACACAUUUCAAGUAUUUAGCAUUAUUUCGCAAAAUGAAAAAUAUAAUCAACAUAAAAACUGACAACCAAAACAAUCUAAUAAAUAUUACUGUAAAUAUGUAUGCUUGAGCUUAAAAUACCAUGUAUAAAAUCAUCAACCGACCUACAUUUGGCAGUAAUUAUAUGACACUACUGAUUACAGUAACAUUGUUUAUUCCACACAUAAAUGUCUCUUG